CGGGCCGACUUCCACACUGCUGGCGGCGUGUGUGGAACACUUUUCUCUCACCGUCCCGUCCGAUUUACCGGCAAAUCAUCAAAUUAGGCUCGUUUUUUGUGUUACUGCUCUCUAAAUUUCCACCGGAUGAACUCAGGCCGCUGACAGACACCUGCCCAGCGGUGAAAUCUUAACAUCAUCGGUAGUUUUUUGGAGUCUUUAGCCUCCAUCUCCUGCUUGUUGGCGCGGCGUGAGUUUCACGUGGAGACCGUGUAGCUCAUCACUGCUCAGAAAGCAUCCAGCAGCCACCCGGUAGUUAGCAUUAGCUACCUGAGAUAAAAUGACAAAGAUGGCAUCGUUGAUCCUGGAGGACGGGACCACGUUUAAAGGCCUGCUGUUCGGUGCAGAUGUGUCAGUGUCGGGAGAAGUUGUGUUCCAGACAGGCAUGGUGGGCUACCCCGAGGCCCUCACUGACCCGUCCUACCGCUGCCAGCUGCUCACCCUCACCUACCCUCUGGUGGGCAACUACGGGAUCCCACAGGACGAGGACGGAGAGUUCGGACUGAGCAAGUGGUUUGAGUCGUCAAAGAUCCACGCUGCAGCUCUGAUCAUCGGAGAGCUGUCAGACAGUCCCAGUCACUGGAGCUCAGUCAAGUCUCUGGACCAGUGGCUCAAAGAGCAAGGCAUCCCUGGAAUACAAGGGAUUGACACCCGCCGUCUGACCAAAAAGAUCCGAGAGAAGGGCACCAUGUUGGGGAAGCUGGUUGUGGACGGGACUCCUGAGGACAGCGUUGCUUUUAAUAACCCAGACAAGAGGAACCUGGUCCAGGAGGUCUCCAUGAAGGAGCCCAGAGUUUUCAACCCCAGCGGCAGUUUGAGGAUCACAGUGGUGGACUGUGGUAUCAAAUACAACCAGAUCCGCUGCCUGGCUGAGAGGGGCGCCUGCGUUACCGUGGUACCCUGGGACCACCCGCUGGACACCAAAGAUUUUGACGGUCUGUUCAUCAGUAACGGCCCCGGAGACCCUCAGUUCUGUCAAGCCACCAUCAACAACGUGAAGAAGGUGGUCUGUGUGGAAAGUCCCAAGCCGGUUUUCGGUAUUUGCCUCGGACACCAGCUGCUCUCCUUAGUCAUCGGAUCCAAAACAUACAAGAUGAAAUAUGGUAACCGUGGCCACAACCAGCCGUGCAUCCACAAGGGAACGGACCGCUGCUUCAUCACCAGUCAGAACCACGGCUUCGCCGUCGACCCCGACACCCUGCCCAGCGACUGGGACGUCCUCUUCACCAACGCCAACGACCACACCAACGAGGGCAUCGUGCACAACACCAAACCUCUGUUCAGUGUUCAGUUCCACCCGGAGCACAUGGCCGGACCCACAGACCUGGUUGGCCUGUUUGACGUCUUCCUGGACACGGUGAAAGACCACAAGGAGGGAAAAAACACCAAAUCUGUGAAGCAGCGUGUUCUGGACCACCUCACUUACUCGGGUUCCCCCAAGUCUGAGGAGGUGGUCCGGCCCAGGAAGGUGCUGAUCCUGGGCUCUGGAGGUCUGUCCAUCGGCCAGGCCGGAGAGUUCGACUACUCCGGCUCCCAGGCCAUCAAGGCUCUGAAGGAGGAGAACAUCCAGACGGUGCUGAUCAACCCCAACAUCGCCACCGUCCAGACCUCCAAAGGCCUCGCUGACAAGGUCUACUUCCUGCCCAUCACGGCGCAGUACGUCACGCAGGUGAUAAAGAACGAGCGUCCGGACGGCGUGCUGCUGACCUUCGGCGGUCAGACGGCUCUGAACUGCGGCGUGGAGCUGACCAAGCUGGGCGUCCUGGAGAAAUACAGAGUUAAAGUCCUGGGGACGCCGGUGGCCUCCAUCGAGAUGACCGAAGACAGAAAGAUCUUUGUGGAGAAGAUGGAAGAGAUCAACGAGCACGUCGCUCCCAGUGAAGCGGCGCUGUCUGUGGAGCAGGCCGUGGCGGCAGCAGAACGAAUCGGCUACCCCGUCAUGGUGCGGUCAGCCUUCGCUCUCGGAGGUCUGGGCUCCGGCUUCGCCAACAACAAAGAGGAGCUGACGUCUCUGGUGACGGCGGCCUUCGCCCACACCUCCCAGGUCCUGGUGGACAAGUCCCUCAAAGGCUGGAAGGAGAUCGAGUACGAGGUGGUCCGAGACGCCUUCGACAACUGUGUCACUGUGUGUAACAUGGAGAAUAUUGACCCUCUGGGCAUCCAUACGGGAGAAUCCAUCGUGGUGGCGCCCAGCCAGACGCUCAACGACCACGAGUACAACAUGCUGAGGAACACCGCCAUCAAAGUCAUCCGCCACCUCGGCAUCGUGGGAGAGUGUAACAUCCAGUACGCCCUCAACCCCGAGUCUGAACAGUACUACAUCAUCGAGGUGAACGCCCGUCUGUCCCGCAGCUCGGCUCUGGCCAGUAAGGCCACUGGUUAUCCUCUGGCCUAUGUAGCAGCUAAACUGGGCCUGGGGAUCCCACUGCCACAGCUCAAGAACUCUGUAACCAACUCCACCACGGCCAACUUUGAGCCCAGUCUGGAUUACUGCGUGGUGAAGGUUCCUCGCUGGGAUCUGAGCAAGUUCCUCCGGGUCUCCACCAAGAUCGGCAGCUCCAUGAAGAGCGUCGGUGAGGUGAUGGCGAUCGGUCGUAGCUUCGAGGAGGCCUUCCAGAAAGCUCUGAGGAUGGUGGAUGAGAACUGCGUCGGCUUCGACCACACCAUCAAACCGGUCUCUGACGAGGAGCUGCAGACUCCUACUGAUAAGCGGAUCUUCGUGCUGGCGUCAGCGUUCCGGGCCGGCUACACCGUGGACCAGCUCUACGACCUCACUAAGAUCGACCGCUGGUUCCUGCACAAGAUGAAGAACAUCGCCGACCACGAGCACCUGCUGGAGUCCUACAACCAGGUACACUUGGACGAGAGCGCCAUGCCUCCAGAGGUGAUGAGGAAGGCCAAGCAGCUGGGCUUCUCCGACAAGCAGAUCGCUCAGGCUGUCCAGAGCACGGAGCUCGCUGUGAGAAAGAUGCGUCGUGAUUGGUCGAUCCUCCCGGUGGUGAAGCAGAUCGACACGGUGGCGGCCGAGUGGCCCGCCUUCACCAACUACCUGUACCUGACCUACCACGGCACGGAGAACGACCUGGCCUUCGACGAGCAGCACAUCAUGGUGAUCGGCUCCGGCGUGUACCGCAUCGGCAGCAGCGUGGAGUUCGACUGGUGCGCAGUCGGCUGCAUCACAGAGCUCAGGAAGAUGGGUUAUAAGACCAUCAUGGUGAACUACAACCCCGAGACGGUCAGUACGGACUACGACAUGUGUGACCGCCUCUACUUUGAUGAGAUCUCCUUUGAGGUGGUGAUGGAUAUCUAUGAGAGGGAGAACCCAGAGGGAGUGAUCCUGUCUAUGGGAGGCCAGCUGCCCAACAACAUCGCCAUGUCGCUGCACCGCCAGCAGUGCCGCAUCCUGGGGACGUCGCCCGAGUUCAUCGACUGCGCCGAGAACAGGUUCAAGUUCUCCAGAAUGCUCGACACCAUCGGGAUCAGCCAGCCGCAGUGGAAGGAGCUCUCUGACACCGAGUCUGCUAUGAAGUUCUGUGAGACCGUUGGUUAUCCCUGCCUGGUUCGUCCCUCCUACGUGCUCAGCGGAGCGGCCAUGAACGUGGCGUACGGCGACAGCGACCUGGAGAAGUACCUGGGCAGCGCCGUGGCCGUGUCCAAGGAACAUCCUGUCGUCAUCUCCAAGUUCAUCCAGGAGGCAAAGGAGAUUGACGUGGACGCUGUGGCCUGUGACGGCGUCGUGAUCGCCAUCGCCGUGUCGGAGCACGUGGAGAACGCCGGCGUUCACUCCGGCGACGCCACGCUGGUGACUCCGCCUCAGGAUCUCAACCAGAAGACCAUCGACAGGAUCAAGAUGAUCGUCCACGCCAUCGGCCUGGAGCUGCAGGUCACCGGACCCUUCAACCUGCAGCUCAUCGCCAAGGAUGACCAACUGAAGGUGAUCGAGUGCAACGUGCGAGUGUCCCGCUCCUUCCCCUUCGUGUCAAAGACUCUGGGCGUCGACCUGGUUGCCUUGGCAACGCAGGCCAUCGUGGGGGAGGAGGUGGACCCAGUGGGCCUGAUGAGAGGGAAAGGGAUCGUAGGAGUCAAGGUUCCACAGUUCUCGUUCUCGCGGCUGGCCGGAGCCGACGUGGUGCUCGGCGUGGAGAUGACCAGCACGGGAGAGGUGGCGUGCUUCGGGGAGAACCGGUACGAGGCGUACCUGAAAGCCAUGCUGUCCACCGGCUUCAAGAUCCCCAAGAAGAACAUCCUGCUGUCCAUCGGCAGCUACAAGAAUAAGAGUGAGCUGCUGCCCACCGUUCAGGCUCUGGAGUCUCUGGGUUACGACCUGUACGCCAGUCUGGGGACUGCAGACUUCUACACAGAGCACGGAGUCAAGGUGACGGCGGUGGACUGGCCCUUCGAGGAGGAGGACAGCGACUGUCCCACUAAAGAGAAGCAGCGCAGCAUCAUGCACUACCUGGAGGAGAACCACUUCGACCUGGUCAUCAACCUCUCCAUGAGGAACAGCGGGGGGCGCCGCCUCUCCUCCUUCGUCACUAAAGGCUACCGGACCAGACGCAUGGCCAUCGACUACUCCGUCCCCCUCAUCAUCGACAUCAAGUGCACCAAGCUCUUCGUGCAGGCUCUGCGUCAGGUCGGUCCCACUCCUCCGGUGAAGACUCACAUCGACAGCAUGACGUCUCAGACGCUGGUCCGUCUGCCCGGUCUGAUCGAUGUGCACGUCCACCUGCGGGAGCCCGGAGCCACCCAUAAGGAGGACUUCUCCUCCGGGACAGCAGCAGCUCUAGCAGGAGGCGUCACCAUGGUGUGUGCCAUGCCCAACACCUCCCCCGCCAUCACCGACGCCGCCACGCUGGCUCUGGUUCAGAAGCUGGCCAAAGCGGGCUGCAGGUGUGACUACGCUCUGUAUCUGGGCGCCGCUUCAGACAACGCCGCCGUCCUGCCGUCCAUCGCCAGCCAGGCCGCCGGCCUCAAGAUGUACCUGAACGACACGUACUCCACCCUCAAGAUGGACAACGUCUCCCUCUGGAUGGAGCACUUUGAGAAGUGGCCCAAGCAGAUGCCCAUCGUGGCUCACGCCGAGAAGCAGACGGUGGCCGCCAUCCUGAUGGUGGCUCAGCUCUACCAGAGACCCGUCCACAUCUGCCACAUCGCCAAGAAGGAGGAGAUCCUGAUCAUCCGAGCGGCGAAGCAGAAAGGCAUCCAGGUGACCUGUGAGGUGGCUCCUCACCACCUCUUCCUCUGUGAGGACAACGUGGCCGAGAUCGGGGACGGGCGAGCGCAGGUCCGUCCCAUGCUGGGGACACGAGAGGACAUGGAGGCUCUGUGGGAGAACAUGGACAUCAUCGACUGCUUCGCCACAGAUCACGCUCCUCACUCUCUAGAGGAGAAGAGCGGGGAGCGUCCUCCUCCUGGUUACCCCGGCCUGGAGACGAUGCUGCCGCUGCUGCUGACCGCCGUCAGCGACGGACGCCUCACUCUGGAUGACAUCAUCAGGCGUCUCUAUGACAACCCACGCAAGAUCUUUAACCUGCCGGUCCAGGACAACACCUACGUGGAGGUGGACUUGGAGCAGGAGUGGGUCAUCCCUCAGGCCAUGCAGUUCACCAAGUCCAAGUGGACUCCAUUCCAGGGUCUGAAGGUGAAGGGGAAAGUCCGCCGCGUCGUCCUCAGAGGAGAGGUGGCUUACAUCGACGGCCAGGUGUUGGUUCCUCCAGGUUACGGUGAGGACGUGAAGACGUGGCCCGCUGCUCCCAUCGUUCCUCCUGAAGCUGUUAAAGAAAGUCCACGGACCCCUGAACACACUCGUCCUACUCCUCCCCGGGACGGUCUGGUCCGGACCCGAGCAGCGAGUCCCCGACGCUCAGCAUCAGACCGCUACCUGCUGCCUCCCCGCAUCCACCGCUCCUCAGACCCCGGACUCCCACCAGAGAUGGUGAUGCUCCCCCCGGCCGUAGCUGGAGACGGUUACAGCCACCCUCCUCCUCUGUCCCGGCUGCUGUCCCCUCAGUCUGGACCAGGACCGCUACCUGCUGGACAGGUGUCCCACUUCCAGACGUCUCCUCUGCUGCACCCGCUGGUGGGCCAGCACAUCCUGUCUGUCAGGCAGUUCAGCAAAGAGCAGAUCUCACACCUUUUUAAUGUUGCCCACACUCUGCGUCUGAUGGUUCAGAAGGAGCGAAGCCUGGACCUCCUCAAGGGUAAGGUGAUGGCGUCCAUGUUCUACGAGGUCAGCACUCGCACCAGCAGCUCCUUCUCGGCGGCCAUGCAGCGUCUGGGCGGCUCGGUGGUCCACUUCAGCGAGGCCACCUCGUCCACGCAGAAAGGAGAGUCGCUGUCUGACUCGGUGCAGACGAUGAGCUGCUACGCCGACGUGCUGGUGCUCCGACACCCGACGCCUGGAGCUGUGGAGAGUGCAUCGCGUCAUUGUCGUAAGCCUGUGAUCAACGCUGGAGACGGUGUCGGGGAGCAUCCGACCCAGGCGCUGCUGGACGUCUUCACCAUCAGGGAGGAGCUGGGGACGGUCAACGGCAUGACGAUAACUAUGGUCGGGGACCUGAAACACGGCCGAACGGUUCAUUCUCUGGCCAAACUGCUGACUCAGUACCGCAUCACGCUGCGCUACGUGGCGCCCAAGAACCUCCACAUGCCGGCAGAGAUCAUCAGCUACGUGGCCUCCAAGGGCAUCAGACAGGAGGAGUUUGAGAGCAUCGAGGAAGCUCUGCCAGAGACCGACGUGCUCUACAUGACGAGGAUCCAGAAGGAGAGGUUCGCUUCUGAGGAGGAGUACAGAGCUUGUUUCGGUCAGUUCAUCCUCACUCCUCACAUCAUGACUGUAGCCAAGAAGAAGAUGGUGGUGAUGCACCCGCUGCCCCGAGUCAACGAGAUCAGUGCGGAGGUGGACACCGACCCGAGGGCAGCGUAUUUCCGUCAAGCAGAGAACGGCAUGUACAUCCGAAUGGCCCUGCUGGCCACCGUACUCAGCAGAUAGAUCCACCUGCUGCAUAUCUGUCACACAAAUUAUAAACUCUUAGAUUAACAAGAAUAUCUGCAUUUUCUCUCCCUGAAAUGUGCAGAUGUCUUGUUUCCAGUCUGUAAAGGGUGUCAGUAGAGAUAAAUACAACAAUAAGACUUUUAAAGUUGCAUCAUGCUGUUUUUCUUUUCAUCCAUAUCUCACCUGCAAAAUUCCCACAAUGCAAGAUUUUUUAAAAUGUCUUAAAACAAUUAACAUUUUCCAUAAAACUGCUUCUUCUCUAGAAAUUAUUUCUGCAUUUGUGAGAUUUAUUUUUCUUUGUAUUGUUUAUGAUGUUCAGUGAGCCAUUGUUACCUAAAGGAGGACCAGGAGGAGAAAAAUAAGGGAGGCGGGCAUUUAAAUCAUUCCAUGGAUGGUUCGAUAAUGUGUGAUAUAAAUGACAGAAAUGUUUUUGUAGCUUUUUUGGUAAAUUGUUCUCAGCCGUAGGUCAAUGUAAAGGGACCAGUUCAGAUGAUAAAAGGGAGAAAACUGUGUAUUUUGACCAAUAAUCCUGUCGGUUUCUUUUCCAGUACCGUCUUCAAUGUUGUUGUAGCAUUACGUGGAAGCGGAUACGCACAAAUAUUCUCUUUAAGCCUUUUCUUAGUUGCUUUAGGGGUCUUUUUCUUAAACUGAAGCAGUUUAGAAGUUAACUUUUAUCCAGAUGAGAGUUAAAGUCAUGUCAGUGUUGGUGAAUUUCUUUGUAUUAUGUGGAGAAAUAAAUAAUAAAACGACAAAUUUCCCUUUUGUA